GCAGACCUAAACCAAGGAAAAAGGGUAGAAGUUAUUCAGAAGAGCCUCUGCACCCAAAAACCUUCCCUGGGGAAAGAACCCUAAAUCCUCGGCAUCGGUGGCAUUUUUCAGAAGCUCAGCACAGCUGGACAUGUGUGUCUUGUGUGUGACUUGGAAAGGGACAGUGUGGUCUCCCAGGAAGGUGGGUAGAAGUGGGGUGAGUCCUGACCCUGCCGCAGUCCUCUAGGCACAGCCACGCUCCAAGGACCCAGGCAGCACCACCCUGAGUCAAGCACCCAACUUCACCCUGGGGUUGGCCGCACAGCUUCAUCGGGGCCACAGCUGCUGAUGACAAUGGAAGUAGUGGCCAGUGUCUGCCGGCACGACCUCCCGUCAUCCUGGGAAGGGGCAGUGCCAGCUGGGCGCAAAUGCCUGCCAUCACGGAUGGAAACAGCAGUAAACACUGGGAUGCCGGAGCACAGGCGUCCAGACAGGAGGAAGUGUGUACUCACAUCAGCCAGGAGGAAACAAGCCUGCCCGGGAGGACAGAAGAUGAGCCCUGGCUGUCACUCAGGCAGGGCGGGCCUCCAAGACACUGCCUACUGGAUCAAGGAAUAUCCAGGAGGUGUUAGAAGGGUCCUGGCGAGUACUGCUACUACAGCCGCCUGUAUGGCACCACCCACCGUGCCCACCCCUCAAGCCAGUGGGCUCAUCUCGGGGACGUCUGCAGAAGCACCCUGGGGAUGCUGCCCACUUUGUGCAUCACGCUUUGCUGGGACAUGGGUCUCCCAAGCAGGCUUAUCCCAGGGACGUCUGCGGAAGCUGGUCAGUGCCGUCCUGGACAUGGCCCCAGUCAUGAUGUCCUCUCCACCUGCUCACGUCCCGAUAGCAGGAGAAGCAGGUGAGCAGCCCUCCGUGCCUGCCUGUGCAUGCUCCGCCUGGCAGAACCAAGGGAUGGCCGUGAGCAUGACCAAACGCCUGACACCAGCACCUGGGACUGCCAGGCAGCCACCCCUGCAGCUGUGUUGUUUGCUGGCUGACAGGGCCUGGCAGUGCUGUGGCUCCACCCCAGGGCUGACCCACCUUUGGAAAAUGACACCAGCAGUAUCAGGAUGUGUCAACUGGAUUUAUGUUAAGAAAACAGGAUUUUCGGUGCCUGACUUACUGAGAAUCAUGCCUGCUGUGAUGAGCCCUUGAAAAUCAUCAGGAUUGGAUGGUAGGGGUCCUGAGAGGACUGGGGGAGGAGGCCCUGAUAUAACAGAGUGGACAGAGCCCAUGGAACCCAGGAUGGCCAGCCUGCUCCACAAUCCUCAUCCCCACAGACCUCCCUGUGUGGCUCCUAAAUAAGAGGAAACCCACUCCUGAUAAGUCAGGGACUUUGAAGAGUGAUUUUGUUUAAAUCGUGCAAACAAGCAAGUCAGUCUUGGGGAGACAGGGCUAAACUAAGUCCUUUAAGAAGCUCUACAUACUGACAAGAUUCUAGUUCCCUUCUGCCUUAUAUGCUGCAAAGUAGAAAGUAUCACUGAAUGAGAAAAUCAGCAUAAAGAAGCCCAAUAAUGUCUGCCUGAGUUUCCCCUAUGAUGACUUUUGGUACUUUUUGGGAAACAUUAAGUAUGAAGUUACUUCAAAAUAAUUUUUUGGUGCCUCUGCUUGGUGAUGCCUUAAACUCUGGGUAAGAGAAACACCAGGUGCCUGUCAGGAGAUGGCCUCUUCCGGGUCUCUGGUUAAGCUACAAACAGCUAGCUGGCUGUUGUUAUCAAAAUAAAAGUUUUCUGAAGGUGGAGGCAUCUGAUACCCAGAGUGCUGCUAUCAGCCAGGGCAGUGGGCCACUGGGUGGCAGGAGUGUCGAGAAGGCCAGCUUGAUUCCUAUCUGGGAUUCAGAAUCAGCCAUGGAAACUUGAGAAACCUAAAGAAAAUAACUUCUUUCACUUUGAACUGAUUCUUUGCUUCAUAAGAAAAGUAUUAUCCAGCUACAAAAAUGGUCAAAAUUCAGAUCUGCAAAAACCCAUGAGGCAGAAACUGACCCCACUUAGGCCACACCAAUGAGCAAGUCAUCAAAGCAGCCAAGACAGGUCCUGUGGGGGCCACUCAUGCACAGGGCCCAGCCUUGGUUCCUAACCCCGCCUAUGCUUUCCACCACUGUAAAGAGGACCAUCUGGGUAAGACUUGUCCCACCUGCCAUGGAGUAUUAGGGCAGAUGGGGUCUGAGGGCUCUGAGAGCAGCUGGCAGCUCGAGGGCAUCCGGAGUUGGAGGAUGGAGCAAUGCAAGCCCUUGUGGUAAAGACAGUCCCGCAGCCGAGCAGGCAGGGAUGCCGCAAGUGGAGUGCGAGGCAGGUGCGGAGCCCCGUGGGACUGUGGAGGGGUCAGAGGGAAGCCAGGAUUUUGGGGUCUCUGAGAGUUUGGAGAAGGGGAAGAAGAUUAAAGUUUGGCUCAAAAGUUUCUAAUCAGGUGGGCAGGGCCAACGGUGGCAGUGGAGUGAGACCCAUGACUCAGGGUGGCCCACUGUUACUCUCUUGAUUUUGGGUGUUUCUUUCCAAACUGAUUAUUCUUGCUCAAUGAGACCUGAGUCCCUGCCUGUCCCCUGAAAACCACCUGACUUGUUUUUAGUUCCAUUGGCCUGUCGGGCUGUUUUCUACUCGACUCCAUUCUUGCUUGUCUGCCUUCCCUGCCUGGGGCCCAGCCAACAGUCAGCUCAAGGGCCGGGUGAAUUGGGUGGCUCUGCUCUGCCCACUGGGCAUCGUGUGGAUGGUGGGUGACCAGCCCCCUCAGGUGCUCAGUCAGGCCUCAGGCUUCACUGUGUACCUCAGAGCAGCUCAGAACCCUGAUGUCACAGCAAAGAAACUUAGACAUGACACAAAUUGUGGCUUCCCGAGGCAGCAAAGAAUGGCCAGGGGUCAUGAGGGCUGAGCCCCACUUUUGGACAGAGCUACUCUAAAGUUAUGCUACCUGCAUGCAAAUCAUAAAAUCAACACUUUUGAGGCGAUCACCGCUAUACCUUAGUAACACAGCCCGGUCCGACCAGAUAGACAGUGCCUCGAGACCCGAGAACAAGCCCUUGGUCCCCCACCAUGUGUGUGAGCCUUACCUUGGACUGCACGCUAAGGGAGCGGAUGGAAGGGACAGCAAGGAGGCCGAAGCGCUCGUAGAGGUACUCGUUGGAGGAGCUUCCCUUCAGGAGGGCGAAAGGAAUGAGGUAGAGCUCCCCCUCUAGAACCAGGAUGAGCUGCCGGUGCCGGCCCACGGGGCCGCUGGAGUGCAUCAGGCCCUGCGGAGCAAGCACGGAGAGGCUGACAUGGGAGGCCCAGGAGGCAGGGGUUUCAGGCACCAGGACAACCCUGAGCCAUAGCCUGGACGAUACAAGUAUGAGCAGAACAAGGCUAAGGCCACGGGCAUCUUAGAGCAGCAGGCAACAAUCCUGGAAGCUGGGUUCACACAGACUGAGGUGAACAAAGAGGUGGUGUGGAAGCUGCUGCUGCAGUCCAGAGCCUGCCAAGAAGGUCCCAGGUCCACAGAGCCUGCGCAACACUGGGUGCCAGGGGCGGGGCUGGCCUGCGCCCAACCCCGCCUGCUGAGGAGUGGCUGACAAGCGGACACCCACCAGGGUGCCACUCGCUUGUGCCUGGGGAAGCAAAUGUGCUUGCUUGACUCGUCUGAUGUGCUGCCGUGGGCACUUGGCUGAGGGUGGCAGGGCACUCGGCUAACCCAAAGUGACACGUGCCUGGCGGGACGUUCAGUCUCUGUAAACUCCUAUGGGGUUUUCUUUCUUUCUUUAAAAAAAAAAUGUCUAGCUCCAUCUAGCGAAAGCAGAAAUAAAAAUUAUUAGGCCAA